AUGGAGAAUGAAGGGCGAGAUGGGAUCCGUCCGUAUAAACAAUGCCUCGGAUCCUGGCGACCCGAUUUCCUCGUUGAAGAGACAUCACACGCCGCGGGUCGCGAGUCGAUAGCAGAGCGAUUUGCCAUCUGCGAGAUCAAUGCCCGUUUCUCGUUCAAUGGCUUUUGCAUGAGCGAAGCCGGCCAGCAGGGCCUAGCUGACAUGGGGGCGACGCAGAAGCAUCUGCUCAACGUCUUGGAGCCUGGUCAAGUCAUUGAGGGAUUGCUCAGCUUGUUCGACACGAGCCGCCCGUUGCACCUCCUAAAGGGUGAGGAGUACGGAGUCGAUAUCCAUCUCUUCGCACACGAGGUCGAGCGGCGGGUUGGAAUGCGCCCGAGAUUCAUUACGCCAGACGAGCUACGGUUGGUGCCGAGUCAGGAUGCCAGGUUUGGCUACAAGCUGUGUGCCAUCGCCAGGGACGAGGACAGCCAGCCGCCCAGCUCAGGCCGCGAUAGCAUCGUCGGCAAGCCUCGCCGGGCAGCCAGAUUUGUCCACAACGCAGAGGUUCUCGAGGAAGUCCAUCAGGUGGCCUUGGAGCUGCACCAGCGGGAGCUGCGAGCAUUGUCCCCGGAGAUGCUACGGCAAAUCGCGCUGCGCUGCUUUAACGAUAUGCGAACGAUACUCCUUGUCCACGACAAGAGGAUGCUGGGGAUAGUAUUACAGGAGUUAGACGACCUGGUCGCCAGACACGGCGUGCUGACUGAGGAACAGGCGCUAGUUCUACGAGAUGGCAUUGCACAAACCAUUAUCCCAGGCUCACCCGCCAUGGAAGCGUUUAUCCGCCAGUGCGAAAGCGAGCCGGGCCUGAAGGACGGUUAUCUUUUGAAGCCCAUUCGAAGCGGGAAAGGGGCGGGAAUCAUUUUUGGAGACGAAGCCUCUCUCGAGGAAUGGAAAGACAAGCUCGAAGCUCUCCGGCAGCCGGCUCUCACGCCAGGCCAGACCAGCUACAUUGUGCAACGCCAGGUCAAGCAGCCGACCUACGGUGUGCUGCUCCGCGAGCAAGACGGCCUGCAGCACAACAGGCUGAUCGGGACCUAUCUCUCCGUGAAUGGAAAGUUCCUGGGACUUGGGGUCUGGCGCAGUGGGCCGGAGCGCAUCUGUGCCGUCAGCCAUGGAGGCGCGUUCCUAUUCUCCGUGAUGAGCUCGCGGCACCAGGUGGCAGCGGCCAGGGGAGGAGGGAGUGUAUCCAGAUACGUGCAGCGGCUGCACUCGAUCGGUUCCUGGAUGAAGAGGCGGCUUACUCUACGUCUGAAGAAUGUGGAUUAG